ACAAACCAGAUUUUCCCAGUCUGGACAUACUCCUACCUUGCACUCCUUAUCCCAGUCUUCCUCAUUACAGACUACGCGCGCUACAAGCCCAUCAUCAUCCUGCAGGGCCUCAGCUUCAUCGUCACGUGGCUCUUGCUCCUCUUUGCACGCGGCGUGCUGGCCAUGCAGCUCAUGGAGUUCUUCUACGGCAUGGUGACGGCCACCGAGGUCGCCUAUUACGCCUACAUCUACAGCGUCGUCAGCACCGAGCACUACCAGAGGGUGACCGGCUACUGCCGCAGCAUCACCCUCGUGGCAGCCACCGUCGCUGCAGUGCUGGGGCAGCUUCUCGUUUCCUUGGCCCACAUCUCCUACUUCUACCUCAAUGCCAUGACUUUGGCUUCCCUGGGAUUAGCGUUCGUGUGCUCCCUUUUCCUCCCGAUGCCCCAAAAAAGCAUGUUCUUCCACAGGAAGGAUGCUGCAGAGAAGCCACCUGGACCAGACAGAGCGAUGGAGAUGUUCAGCCCCAAGGAGCCUGGAGGCCACCAGGAGGACACGGACCCUCCCUCCGCAGGGACGGGGCCAAGGCCCGAGCAGCCGGCUGGCCAGCCCCAGCCCCGGCCCCAGCCCCAGGCCCUGCGGGUGCUGGUGCAGCUGAGCAAGGACCUAAGGGAGUGCUACAGCUCUAGGAAACUCCUGUACUGGUCGCUGUGGUGGGCUCUGGCCACUGCCGGCUUUAACCAGGUUAUCAAUUACAUCCAGGUGCUGUGGGACUUCAGAGCCCCCUCGCACAGC